CUGUUCUAUGGUUGUAACCAAGGCAAAGCUAAAGAUCGGCAACCCAUACAAUCACUAGAUGAACUGAGGUGACAUCGGAGAUGCUGACACCCACGGUACUUCGAGUUGUCCGUCCGUUCUUUGCGGUUGGUGGCGCACCUGCAGUGUCGCUCACACAAAACGUGCCCCAAGGCGUAGACGCCAACAUUCUCCUGCUUGCAUCCGGAGAUGUCCGAGACAUACUGUUCACAGCACACCAUGAGAAGGGACUUCCGACCAGGAACCUGGACAUCACGUCGUGCGAUGUUGAGGAGGCCAUAAUCGCUCGAAAUGCGCUGUUCCUCAGUUUGCUGUUCGCUCAGCGUGAGCGAGUGAAGCCCCAGCUACUUUGGAAUGUAUACUAUCACCUUCUUCUAGACGAAGAGUCGGCUGAAGUUCUCAAAGCACAUCUUGCCGCCUUGCUGACUGCCUCUGUCUCGCUCAAAGAUUGGAGGGAGAGCGAUUAUGGAGGCAGAUUCCACUUUGGAAACGCAUCGACCCUCUCUUCUGUUCGCUGUAUCUGGCAUAAGUACGCAGAGUGUCUCGAAAAUAGGGGCCAGGAUCAGUACAGAGCCGAUUUCGAGGCUGCUUUCCAGCACUCGAAGAGCCACAGAGAUGAGAUCUUUGGAAGCGAGGAGAUCAUUUCAGGGAGUAUGCGGGCGGCUUCGCCUCUUGGAAUCGAGGUCAACGAAGCGAUGAGAGCUUCUUUAAAUUCGUGGUGGGAAAAGGGAACGACAGGCCGAGUGUCCGCGGACACGAAUAUCCCAAAUCCUCUCUUCGCAGCGACUUUGUCAGAGCAUUUUGUCCUUUCCCCCCUCUCAAACCCGAUUCUGGGCUACCACCUAGCAACGGCGAGUGUGCAACUCAAAGAGACUGCAGGGGACCAAUCUGACGACGAGCACAACAAUCUUUCUGAACUCGCCUUUGCUGCAGCUGCGCAGGAGCAGUUCGCGGAAUGGUCUCAGGCAUUCUUCGAGAUGUCACAGAGACACCUGACUUUGCGGUUCAUCGCAGCAGAUGGUCUGUCAACGUGUAUUACCCUCCAGCACUAUCUCGAAACGGGCCAACUGUCAGCGGGCGUUUAUCGACGCCAGCUUGCUAUGGAUCACCUUGAACUCGAUCUUGAUGAAGAUGGACCGCAUGCAGUGGCUCCGAAGCAAUUCGAUAUCAUUGAUACAUCUGAUCUAGCAGAAUCCUUGGGAGCGUUGAAUAUCUUGAUUGCUGGUGCACCGCUAUUGAAGCCAGCUCCGUGGGCUACGCUAUACACCGAGGCCAACCAGGGUGGCACAGAGGGCGAAAAGGCGAAAUUUGAUGAGAUUUUCUGCGGGCAAACCAGAACCAUCGCAACUCUCCUUGGUAUCAGCCCUGUGGAGUAUUGGACCAACGCGACUGCAAUCUCGAAUGUGGACGAAUACAGACUGGGUGUCUCUGCGGUCAAGUCGAAAUCCGACCGUCAAAAUGUCCACUGGCGCUUUGCUUGGAAGUCCCUCGAGAACCUGUCUCAUCCAAACAGCCAAUUGCCGCGGCUCAGAGUGAAGGAAGACACCGUUGCAGCCCUCAUACAAAAGAUCCACCGAGCCAUGUUUGCUGACGAGGAUAUUUCUGGUUCCGUGAGCCUCCCAGCCAGCCAACAGAGCAGCAGGCUCCAACACGAUACCUACCCCUAUCGCCACCCGGGGGCUUUCGUUGCUUUCAUUCGAAGGCUUCUAGAACGUGUUGAUACAGAUGAGAAAGAGAUUUUCCAGAAUGCCCUCGCUGAGAUCACGCAAGACUCGAGUCUGAAGUCUGGCUCGAAAUACUCAGAGGCGAUUUCUUUGGAAAUGUCAAGGCAGGGCUUGCUUACAUUGCCAGAAGCUGGCCAAAAUGUGUCCCAAGUAUCUGAUGGGACUUUGUUCACCAGUUGGUCUCACGUUCCUGAUUCUGUUGCCGUUACGAUGUUGAUUCCUGCGGAAAUUUGGAAGAAGCUUUCCCAGGAAGCCCUCGUGAACAAGCUCGCCUUUGUCGUCGAGGGAAGUUUGAGGCUGGUCCAAGGGGAUGAAACCAUCUGGCACCAAGUCUUUCCCGAUGUCCAGGUCACUUUUGGCACAGUCUCAUCUAGGGGCGAUCGACAGAACAAAGAUUUUGUCCUGGCCGUGGACGAGGACCUUUCGUCUUGGUCUGGGGGCUCUGAUCUGGUUGCCUCAUUCUUAGUGCCCUCAAACGCUCUCCAGGUGGACCCGAGUAGCACCAAAGUCUCUCUUUGUCUGCAAAAUGGGGUUUCAGAAGCCUUAUUAUUCAACAAGCUCCAAUUUGGAGACACUACGACGGGUGACACGAUGAAUAUCUACGAGACGGAUCUGAAUGACAAUAGUCACGUCUACAUCACAAGGCAUCGGCCAGGCCUGGACGAGGUUUCACUGUACAGAAAUUCUGCGACCGUAGCCGCGCCUGCAAUUUCACAGGAUUGCAUGACUUCCUUUACCGCAGAUCUUGACGAAUCUGGCAGCAUCAUCACUAUCACAGGCCGCCUGGAAAUAUCAGCGCCGGAUGGAAAGAGGUUACUCUCUGAAAAGGCAGUUGUCGAUGUCCGGAAGAUCUCGCCUUUCAUGUUCGAAAUAGUCCUCGGGGAAAGGGAAGCGGUCUAUCAGUUGUGCUUCCCAGUUCCGGUAGUCAAGGAUGGAAGCACGAUGAGAGUCGCAAGAACAUCCGCCUAUGUUGAGGUUGUAGCACCCUUGGCCGAUCCAGCGACUUCUCAAACUCUAGAUGACUUCAUUUUUCCAAGUGUUUUGGCAGACUCGGACCUCACUCCGCGGCUAGACCAGACAAUCCCAGUACCCCUCAACAUUCCGCACGUCAACCUCCACAACUUACCCGUACUCGACGUCACCGACAAGUCCCGUGUGGGCUUCCUUACGACCUUGACAUCCUUCACGUUUUCGGCCCGAGAACGAAAACUCCGUGAAGAAGCGGACAGCACCGGCCUGGCGACGUCUGCACGAAUGAACUUCAAAGAAUCCAUCUUUACCAUGUUCAUGCUCGCAUCUGGGCUCCAGGGCGGGCAGACAGGACUGUUCGCGAUCCACCAUCCAGAAAAAGGAGGCGUCCACAUGCUGAUUUUCGUCUCUGCGUUCCGUAUGGACGGCGCAAAUGCCACCGUGGUUCUCGACGCGGCAGUCAUCCCGUUCACGGUGGAGCUCAUCAAGAGUGGGAAGCUCGAGUCCUUUCUGCUCAUCCUACGGGAGCUGGACGCCUGCACAAUUACCGUCAACGACGAGGAGCUCGUCCUCUGGAAGAAGGUGCUGCCGGCCCUGGCUGAGCGCUGCAGAGAUUGGACCCACACGCCCGAGUGUGAGUAUGCCAGGCCCGGCGCGACCGUCCCCCUCAGCACCGAGAUGGGGAAGCAGGUGCUGUGCAGCUGCGGCACGGGGAAGCUGCCCGAAAACUUCCUCGGUCUUCCUGAGUGGGAUGUUGCCUCACAGUUUGCGACCCGCAUAGCGAUCAGUCCGACAUAUGCUGUCCCGUUUGUCGAGGAUAUUGUUGACGACAGUGUGGUGGGGGCCUCGUCCGGUUCCGGGAUGAGCGUGCAGGGCGACGAGACCCUUCGGUGUAGGAACUGUGGGACUGUGGAGGCCAAGGAUGGUGGCCCGCUCAAGAAGUGCAUGCGUUGCCUGAAGGUGAGGUACUGUUCUGCUGAGUGCCAGAAGAAGGAUUGGAAGAAGCAUAGGAUGGAGUGCGGUGAGGGACGAGCCAUGUGA